AUUUAGUCCAACAUUUUAAUAGGAAAGUAAAAUAAAAAAAAAAAAGUCGGCCAUUUUUACUUUUUCGUUUCGCGCUCCCACUCUAUAAAUUUCCACAACGAUCAGCAUAAUCAACCACCUCAUUGCGUUCAUUCGCUUUCCUCUGUGUUUCUCUUGUUUAAGGUUGUCUGAAUAACUGAGGUACUACUAGUCAUGGCCGAUCGUGUUCUGACCCGUGUUCACAGUCUCCGUGAGCGUUUGGAUGAAACUCUUUCUGCUCAUCGAAAUGAAAUUCUGGCCCUCCUCUCAAGGAUCGAGGCUAAGGGGAAGGGUUUUCUGCAACCCCAUCAACUUAUUGCUGAGUUUGAAUCAAUCCCUGAAGCCAAUAGGCAGAAAUUGUUGGAUGGGGCAUUUGGAGAAGUUCUGAGAUCCACACAGGAAGCUAUUGUUUUGCCUCCAUGGGUGGCUCUUGCUGUCCGUCCAAGGCCUGGUGUUUGGGAAUACAUCAGAGUUAACGUCCACGCUCUGGUUGUUGAGGAGUUGCGAGUGGCUGAGUACUUGCACUUCAAAGAGGAACUUGUGGAUGGAAGCCUCAAUGGAAACUUUGUCCUUGAGCUGGACUUUGAACCCUUCACUGCAUCUUUCCCCAAACCAACUCUGUCCAAGUCCAUCGGAAAUGGUGUUGAGUUCCUCAACCGUCAUCUUUCUGCAAAGCUCUUCCAUGAUAAGGAGAGCAUGCAGCCACUGCUUGAUUUCCUCCGAGUUCACUGCCACAAGGGAAAGUCAAUGAUGCUGAAUGACAGAAUUCAGAACCUAAACUCGUUUCAGCAUGUUCUAAGGAAGGCUGAGGAAUACUUGGUUACACUCGCACCAGAAACUCCUUAUACUGAGUUCCUUCACAAGUUCCAGGAGAUUGGCCUGGAGAGAGGUUGGGGUGACACCGCUGAGCGCGUGCUUGAAAUGAUCCAGCUUCUUUUGGAUCUGCUUGAGGCCCCUGAUCCUUGCACUCUUGAGAAAUUCCUUGGCAGGAUCCCCAUGGUCUUCAACGUUGUCAUCCUCUCUCCCCAUGGUUAUUUUGCCCAGGACAAUGUUUUGGGUUACCCUGACACUGGUGGCCAGGUUGUUUAUAUCUUGGAUCAAGUUCGUGCUUUGGAGAAUGAGAUGCUUCAUCGUAUCAAACAACAAGGACUUGACAUUGUUCCUCGUAUCCUCAUCAUCACAAGGCUCCUCCCAGAUGCGGUAGGGACCACAUGUGGUCAACGUCUAGAGAAAGUAUUUGGAACAGAACAUUCGCAUAUUUUACGUGUUCCAUUUAGAGAUGAGAAAGGAAUGGUUCGCAAAUGGAUCUCAAGAUUUGAAGUCUGGCCUUACCUAGAGACUUACACUGAGGAUGUUGCGCAUGAACUUUCUAAGGAGUUGCAGGGCAAGCCUGAUCUUGUCAUUGGAAACUACAGUGACGGAAACAUUGUUGCCUCUCUGCUGGCACAUAAAUUGGGUGUAACGCAGUGUACCAUUGCUCAUGCACUUGAGAAGACAAAGUACCCUGAUUCUGACCUUUACUGGAAAAAGUUGGACGACAAGUACCACUUCUCUUGCCAGUUUACAGCUGAUCUUAUAGCCAUGAACCACACUGAUUUUAUUAUCACCAGUACUUUCCAAGAGAUUGCUGGAAGCAAGGACACUGUUGGACAGUACGAGAGUCACACUGCUUUCACUCUUCCUGGACUCUACAGAGUUGUUCACGGAAUUGAUGUCUUUGACCCCAAGUUCAACAUUGUUUCUCCUGGAGCAGACAUGAGCAUCUACUUCUCCUACACUGAGAAGGAGAAGAGGCUGACAUCUUUCCACCCUGAAAUUGAAGAGCUUCUUUACAGCUCCGUUGAGAAUGAGGAGCACUUGUGUGUGUUGAAGGACAGGAACAAGCCAAUCAUAUUCACAAUGGCAAGGUUGGACCGUGUGAAGAACAUUACUGGACUUGUUGAGUGGUAUGGUAAGAAUGCCAAGCUCAGAGAGCUGGUUAACCUUGUUGUGGUUGCUGGUGAUCGGAGGAAGGAGUCUAAGGAUCUUGAGGAGCAAGCUGAGAUGAAGAAGAUGUAUAGCCUGAUUGAAACCCACAACUUGAAUGGCCAAUUCAGGUGGAUUUCAUCCCAGAUGAACCGUGUUAGGAACGGUGAACUCUACCGUUGCAUUGCCGACACAAAGGGAGCUUUUGUGCAACCUGCAGUCUAUGAAGCUUUUGGAUUGACAGUUGUCGAGGCCAUGACUUGUGGAUUGCCAACUUUUGCUACCUGCAAUGGUGGUCCAGCUGAGAUUAUUGUGCAUGGCAAAUCUGGAUUCCACAUUGAUCCUUACCAUGGUGAUCGCGCAGCAGACACGCUUGUUGACUUCUUUGUGAAGUGCAAGGCAGACCCUUCUCACUGGGACAAAAUCUCCCAGGGAGGCUUGAAACGUAUCUAUGAGAAGUAUACAUGGCAAAUCUACUCUGAGAGGCUGUUGACUCUUACUGGAGUUUAUGGCUUUUGGAAACAUGUCUCUAACCUUGACCGGCUUGAGAGCCGUCGCUAUCUCGAAAUGUUUUAUGCCCUCAAGUACCGUAAAUUGGCCGAGAAUGUUCCUCUUGCCGUUGAUGAUGGCAAGUGAAUGCCGCAGAGUAAGUAAUAACAGGCGGGAAGCAUUUGGUUGGCUCAAGCCAAGUUCUAGUUUGAGGGAAUAAUUUGGUCAUUGUUUUGGAGAUUUGUGAUUACAAAAAAGUCUUUAUUUUUCUUUUUCUUUAUUAUUAUUAUUUUUUUGUCUUUUUGUUUUGUUUUUUCAUUCCCGGUUUGCAAAUGAUUGAACUUUGGGUGUUAAGCCCAUUCAUUCAAUGAAAGUCGAAUUUAGUUUUCCAA